GGAGCAAAAAGCUUGUGCGUCUGGCUGUCUCCGGCCGGCCGGGCUUGUCGUACGUCCUCCAAUCCGUUGACGGUCAGGCCCUCUAGCUUUUGCUCGGUGUUCUGGAGACAGAGCGAGAGAGAGAGAGAGAGAGAGAGGUAGACGGAGAUGGAGUGCCUGCUGGGGCUGCUCAAGGUGCGGGUGGUGCGAGGAGUGCACCUGGCAAUCUGCGACCCGCUCACCCACAGCAGCGACCCCUACGUCGUCCUCCGCCACGGAAAGCAGAAAGUGAAAUCAAGUAUAAAAUACCGCACGAUCAACCCAGAAUGGAACGAGGAGCUCACCCUGUCCAUCACGAACAUGAUGAACCCGGUCAAGAUUGGACUCUUCGACCACGACACGUUCACCAAGGACGACAGCAUGGGCAACGCCGAGUUCUGCAUCCUCAACUUCGUGGAGAUCGCGAAGCAGGACCUGAGCGACGUCCCCGACGGCACGGUGAUAAAGACGAUCCGCCCGGAGAAGGGCAGCUGCCUCGCCACCGAGAGCCACAUCACGUGGAAGGACGGCAAGGUCUCCCAGGACAUGGUGCUCAAGCUCAGGGACACCGAGACCGGAGAGCUCGUCCUGCACCUCACCUGGGUCAACAUCCCAGGCGUCGCGAUGUGAAUCCCCUGCUGCAUGAGGCGGCGACGCCUGCCCAGCUGGUUUUACUACACUAAAUAUAUACGAUUAUACGAUAUGAAGUCUGUAAAUGUGGCUCCGUACGUUUACCAGGUAUUGGCAAACAAGGAGACCCUUGCAUGCGUGUCUUGCUUGUUUGCAGUUAGCUUAGCUCACGCUACUGGGACUGGGAGCAAUGCCUGUGCUCAGCUUUUGCUUCUGCGGGGAAAUGCAUUUGUUCUCAACAUCUGUGAAGCUAUUCCAUACUGCAGC